AAUGCAUUUUUUCUGGUUCUCGGCCUGAUGAUAGGCAAUCAGCUGACAGAAUACUGGGACUUUAGCCACAUGCAAUCAACGAUUUUGAAAAAGAAUAAACCAAAACCAGAUAACCCAGCUGCAAGAAUCUUCAAUCAGACACGAAUCCUUUGUUUGGUUUUAGAAGAUCCCCUAGAUUAUGGGAAAAUGAAGGCCAAGGUAAAAUUUUCAUGGGGCAGAAGGUGCAAUAAGAUUGUUUUUAAGAAGGACAGUAAAAUGGAUAAUAACACCUUUGCCACAGUAAAGGAAGGAUUUCAAUACAUCUAUAAGAAAUACAUUAAUGGCUACGAUUGGUUUCUUCGGGUGGAUACAAAAACUUUUGUGAUUAUGGAAAAUCUGAGACGCUUUCUCUACCGCUACGAUCCGGAAUCGUCCAUAUAUUUUGGACACCGACUUAAGUCGAACUCUUCUCAGGGUUAUAUGUCCGGUGAAGCUGGAUAUGUCUUGAGCAGAGGUGCCCUGCGCCGCCUUAAUCUAUUUGCUUUUAAUGACUCAAAUUUAUGUGGACAAGAGUUGAACUCCUCCUACAAAUCUGAGGACCGACAAAUUGGUCAAUGUUUGGAUAAUGUGAAAGUGAUUGCUGGAAAAUCUCGAGAUGGUCAGGGACAGGAAAGAUUCCUUCCCUUGAUGCCCCAUUGGAUUGGACGCGGGUUGACUAAAUGGAAACAGUACUCAAAGUCGCUUUACUUUAAGCCAACGUCCCAGGCCUGCUGCUCCAGUUCCCUGAUCAGCUUCCACCCGGCGAGCGACUACGCCUUCGACCUGUGGGAGUUCUUCCUGCACCGCGUAAGAGUUUUCGGCCAACCAGUGGGGCCACCGAAGCUGCCACCGCGCCUGGACUUCCGGGAGAUGCAUGCCCAGCUGCGAUAUUGGUCCCAGGUUGUGUCCGAUAACCCCGGCUGACUUAAUGUAAUUGCUCCGCCUUGAUAAAUAAACCAGGAGCCGGCAGACGAUGAAGAUUUAUUCCAGCAA